AUGGGGCCUCUUGCGGUUUUGAUAUAUUUCGCGUUUUUUUCUCAAGUCUUCGGAUUCGCGAUAGAAAAACGUGUAUCAGGGAAGCUACUACCUAAUAAUGGGAUUGAUAAGUAUGACGAUCCUAGUACCUGGCAAAUCAAGUACGAAAAAAACAAGAUCAACGGUUACUACUUCCAGGGAGACUCGAUCUUUGAUCUACCUGAAACAGUAGGUAUGAUCUAUCAAGAUUUUCCCAUGGAAAGCGUCAACGCCAGAGUGAGAAUGGCAAAGGACAAAGUUACAGAGAGAAUGGUUGUCUAUGUGUUUGCCGAAAAAGCUAUUCUUGUGCUCGGGAUCCCACUAAGCAGUGUGGUGACUAUGGCGAAAAAGAAUUGGUCAGCUCUCAAGAUGGCUCAAUCACUAUGGCGCCAAGAUGUUGAGAUAACAAAGCGCUAUUCCAAGGGUGGACAAAUCGAGACCAGAGGGAAGAUUUCGCCCUUGAAGGAUAUUCUAGCAGAGCUGCAGGCAAGUGGCGGCAACAUUAUGGGCGCAGGCGUUGUGGGCCUAAGUCCAGGGUACCAACGGCCAUUAAGGUUCCUUCCGGCAUUCGACGCUCUUGGGAUUGUUUUAUACGAAACCUUAGGAAUCCCCGUGAGACCAUGGGAAUCAUCCAUAAAAUCAUACGACAAACGGGCUUUUUUGACUUGGGUGAGUGAGGGAACAAAACCAACUCUGGAGAUAUCCAUUGGAAAAGAGGUGGUUAUGAUAUGGAAAAAAGGACUUGAGCCAUAUUAUGCUCCAAGUGCGGAGGCUAUCUCAAAAUGGGGCAUUGACAUCGCUAGCUUCAGUGAUAAGGAUGCUUUCGAAGAUGAUUGCGACACGAAUGAGAACAGCGCCUCAGCCAAUCCCUCCGUACAGGAGAUCUUCCAAAUCAAGUCAGGAAGGACUAAUGGAGGGUGUGAUGCAAAUCGUCAAAAAGCGAUCGCUGCUUGGCUAAAUGAAUCGAAGGAAAUGGCCAAGGCCGGUCUCCAGGCAUUCUUGGAUGCUAGCGACGGAAAUAAAAUCGCAAUGGCCACCCUUGAACAGUUCCUAGGGAUUACUACAGAAACAUCUGCGAAUGAAAGAGAGAUAACAAGAAAGAAACUUGAGCAAGUAUCUCAAUUCUUCCAUGGAAGCCUAAACCUCGGUAGCGGCACACCGUGGUUAUUCUGCGGUAGCUCCUGGCUAGAGCAGAAAACAUGGGAUGAUGAUUCUCUAGAUUAUGACGGCGAUGUCAAAAUGUCUAAUGGUCGACCAAUGAAGCUUAAAGACGACCUUUCCUACUCCAAAUAUUUACGGACUUUCACGGCUACUGAGCAAAUACCAACCGACCUGGUGCCAUACUGGUCAAGCACUCUUAAGCAAUAUGCUUUCCAGAAGAACUAUAAUAAUCAGGGGUACUGUGGCUUCACUGGGAGCCAAGGGGGCACCUAUUUAGACACAAGACCAUCCGUGAUGGAUCUGUGCCCUAUAGCCUUUUCUGACACCGAGAGGUCACAGAAAUUGGGUGGCCGUGGUGCCGCCUCUGUUUCGCUUGAAAAAGUCUUACCGCGAAGUGGCGUCCUUUUCCAUGAGGUCUUCCAUCUAGUCCACGCCUGGGACAGUCCUGAUGCAAGCUACAAUAUUGACACCAUUAUUACGGCGUUAGAUUCUUCCGAAAACGUCCCGAAAAGCACCAACUUAGACCAUCCUGAUGACAUUAAGAACUAUGAUCAAAAUGACGGCGAACUUACCAACCUUGAACUUGUACGGCAGAAUCCCGAGACUUGGGUGUUCUUCUGUGUUUCUUACUGGUACACUUUGAACAAAAAAAUUUACUUCCCCUUUGAGGGAGGGAAUAAUGGGAAGGGGCGGUCGACGGAGUAG